UGACCCACUUUGUUAAUCAUGAAAUCAUUAAUCAAAACCAACUUAAUUUUACUCUCAUCUUCAUUAUGUGCAAUUUCUCUCUUCAUAUUUAUUUCCAUAUUAUUCUUUACCACAUCAAAGAUAGUAACACUAGACAUUGGUUCCUUUUCACCACAAGCUACAAAAUCUUAUCCAACCAAUGUUAACCAUCUUGUAUUUGGAAUUGCUUCAAGUGAAAAUUCAUGGCCUAAGAGACAAAAUUAUGCCAAACUUUGGUGGAACCAAAAAUUCAAAGGUUGUGUUUUUGUAGAUAAUCUUCCACAUGAAGAAAAUGACAACAACAUUAAUGUUCCUCCACUUUGUGUCUCUCAAGAUACUUCAAAGUUUAACUACACAUAUAGACACGGCGGUUUAAGAUCAGCGAUUCGCGUGGCGCGAGUUGUGAAAGAAACUGUUGAAUUGAAUCAUUCUAAUGUUAGGUGGUAUGUGUUUGGUGAUGAUGACACAAUUUUCUUUCCUGAGAAUCUUGUUAAGACACUUUCUAAAUAUGAUCAUAGGCUUUGGUACUAUGUUGGUGCUUAUUCUGAGAAUUAUGAAGGGUCGCAAACUUUUGGUUUUGGAAUGGCUUUUGGUGGAGGCGGUUUUGUUUUAAGUGCUUCUUUAGCAAAUGUUUUAGCUAAGGUUUUUGAUUCAUGUAUUGAAAGAUAUUCUCAUCUUUAUGGAAGUGAUGCUAGAGUGUUCUCUUGCAUAUCAGAACUUGGUGUUGGAUUAACAUAUGAACCAGGUUUUCAUCAGGUUGAUAUGAGGGGAAACAUCUUUGGUCUAUUGGCAGCACAUCCAUUAAGUCCAUUGUUAUCCUUACAUCAUCCAGAUAUCACUGAUGCAAUCUUUCCUAACAUGACAACAUCAAAAUCACUGCAACAUUUAUUUAAAGCUGCAAAUGUUGAUUCUCAAAGGAUUCUUCAACAAACAGUUUGCUACGAAAGACAGUUUUCGCGGACAAUUUCAGUUUCAUGGGGCUAUGCUGUUCAAGUAUUCCAAAACAACGUGCUUUUACCGGAUGUUCUUCGAGUGCAAGAAACAUUCAAGCCAUGGAAGGAAAAUCAUGUUUUGGCCGGAGUAUAUACUUUUAGUACAAGAGAAAUUCAUCAUGACCCUUGUAAAAGACCUAAAAUUUUCUAUCUAGACAAUGUAUCUUCUGGUAAAGAUGGCAUUGUUAGCAGCUAUACGAAAUCUUUUCAUAAUUGUUCAAAUGAUAAGACAUCAUCGAAGAAUCUGGAAGUGAUCAAAGUUGUUACAAAUAAGUUAGACCUUGACAGCAAACAGUUGCAGAAUCCAAGAAGGCAAUGUUGUGAUGUGUUGAACUCUAACUCUGGUCACCUAAUGGAAAUUGCAAUUAGAGAGUGCAAUUAUGAAGAAUUGAUAUAUAUGCAUUAACAAAACAGAUGUAUAUAUUAAAUAUGUUUCAAUAUGGUUAAGCAGAUUCUUGAAGAGCAUUGCUAGAAGUCAUUCCAAGUUUUAUAUAUACUAGAAAUCAGCAGAGGAACUUAUCGAUUCUAUUUUUGAUUGUAAAGUGAAUUAUGUUUGGAUACAGUAAUAUAAAAAUGAGUUGAGCAAUAAACUUGUGCCUUAAAUUAAACAAACCGAUUCAAAUUUUAUUCGACAAUAUUGGUGUGUGCAAUACAAACAUGUACAAGUA